CUAUCAUCAGACCUUAUAAAAUCUCCCCUGCUUUAGAGGUUUAGAACCAAAAAGUAGAACUCUGCGGAAAAUUACUUCAAAACGCAGUAAUGGCAUCUCUAGACACCGACGUCCAAAUGACUCCAGCCGGAGAGGUCGCCGCCUCCACCGAACCGUCGCCUUCUUCAUCGGUGGCAUCCUCGUCUACUAAGAAGCCAAAGCGAUUUGAAAUUAAGAAAUGGAAUGCCGUUGCACUUUGGGCUUGGGAUAUCGUUGUGGACAACUGUGCUAUCUGUAGAAACCACAUCAUGGAUCUGUGUAUUGAAUGUCAGGCUAAUCAGGCUAGUGCUACUAGCGAGGAGUGCACAGUUGCUUGGGGUAAGAUUCUCUACCAAUAGCAUUCAGCACAAUUUCGUGCCAUAAGAGUGUUAAAUAUCCUUUUUCGUAAUAUUUGUUGUUAUUGAAAUUUGAAUUGCUGGGCUUGUAAUUAGUAUUGCCUAUCUCUGACAAUUAUCCAAUUUUCCCUACCUUUUUUUGUUAUUGUUAUGUAAAAUCCAGAGUCUGAGAGCAGUAGAUUAGAAAAAAAAAAAAAAUGGCUUGGAACAGUUUCGGUGCUAUUGAUUGUUGAUUAAUUGAUGGUGUUAAAACUACUACUCAAGGAUUUGCGUGUUUAUUUUACUGUGGUGGAGAUGUUAAAUAGCACUUAUCAAGCUUUGUUAUCUGAUACUUUAAUGUGGUUGUAGUUACUAUCUGUGGUUUUGCCUUUUCACCAUAUUACCAUAUUCUUCGUUCCUUGAAAUAUUUGAUGAAGGUGAAAGUUAUAUUGAUUCACUUUGAAUAUUUUCUGAGCUAAAAGUAUACUUGAAAUAUGUUAGAAAUUUUCUAUGUAGACAGUUGUGGAUAAAUGGUUAUGUAGUAGAGCUGGAAAGUGUAUUGUGUUUAUGUUCGCUAUUCAAGAUUGCUCCUCGUGACCACUUGCUAUGUACAUUGAACAAUUUUUUUCUUCCUUCUUGUGUUCUGGCAGAGCACUAUAACAACAUAGCUUACACCAAUAAAGGCUUCUUUGUGGUUGUUGUUCUAAGGAUGAUAUUUUUCUCUUUUUGUGUAACUUAAAAGCAGUCAUUUAGGUCACACACAGAGAGUUAAAUUUCCUCUGACUAUUGUCCUCUCUGUAGUUUACUUGUUCUCCCUGUAUGUUGCCCUUUCUUCUGAAGUUAAAAGUGUAAGUGUCACAAUGUAGUGACGAUGUAAAGAUUUCAUUGUCCUAAUUUCUAAAGUCCAAAGUUUCCAUUGUACAGGAUAAAUUGUUCUAUGGUUGAACUGAAAUUCUGCUUUUAGUCUGAGAUUACUGGUUCAUGCUCAAUGUAGUCUUGUCUGUGCUUCCAGAAAUUACUUAAAACAAUAGAUGUCGUAAUUAGUGAAGGAUGUGCUUUACGUUUCUCUCUUUUGACCUUUAGCUUGUCCUUUCUUUCUAUAGCUGGAGUCAGUUUGGUGUGUUUUUGCAUUUAUGUGUAUGUAUAUAUAUAUGGUCCUUCCUAACCGACCCCCUUUGUCACUAGGCACCUCUGACUGUUCUCUAUAAUGGCUGGAGAGUAUGCAAAUAGUUAUAUCAUAUUGACAAAUGUUUUGGUUGUAGGUGUUUGCAACCAUGCCUUUCAUUUCCACUGCAUUAGCCGAUGGCUCAAGACUCGCCAAGUCUGCCCAUUAGGCAAGUUUUAUGAACGAGUCUCCUCAAACCCAUACCCCCCAACGCCCCACCCCCUUCCCUUUUUUUUGUGUAAUAAUUAAUUCUGAUCGUCUAUGAAAAUCGCUUCCGUGUGUCUCAUUUGGCUUGUUUUGUUUCUUUUUCCUCUUCCUUUACAUCUCAGAUAAUAGUGAAUGGGAAUUCCAGAAGUACGGCCAUUAGAGACUUUGGUAUUUGCAGCAGAGGCUUUCUUCUUGGGAUUUGAUAGCUAGAAAACUCGAUCAGUCUCAGUACCACACUUAAAUAUAUUUCAAUGUUGUCUCAGAUUUGAAAUUAAGGACGUGUUUAAGAAGAUGCUUUUUGCGGAAUCAGUUUGUAAAUGGUUUUGCAAUCGGAUAUUUAUGAAUUCUCUUCAAUUGCUACUUGAUCUUUCAUGCCAUGUACUGUUGGGAAAGAUUUAUGAGGCAAAUUGAUGUUAAUGUUGACUACCGUAUCUUAUCUAGUUGUGUAAGCAGGUCUGGGCUAACCACACUUGAACUGCUUGAUCUAUCCUUAAUUGUUGGUGGUGUCUCUUGGAUCAUGCAAUGACAUUAACAUGUCACUUUGAGUAAAAAGAAUUUGAACAACUGAGGGUUUAGUCGGUACGAUUAUCGUUUGAGAUGCUGGAUGUUGUAUUACGGAUUGUUUGUAGCCUAAACAGACUUGUUCUUGGGUUGUGGCAGUGGCAGUACGCGCCAUAUCUGGGUGAUACUUUCUAGUUUUUAGGAGUCCCUAUUACGUUUUCUGUUAAAAUGUGCAAUGCUGUUUUGCGGGUGGAAAAAGUCGCGCAAGUAAUUUGAUGAUUAGUUAGAACACUUUACCUCUUAGGAAAAUAGUUAAAACUAAGAUUUUGUGAAUUAUAGUAAAAC